AUGCAUCAGUAUCGGGUACAUGUUCAUGUUACAGAUACUUUGGGGAGCAGUAGAAGCACUGGCAUAGUUUAUAGAAAAGAUAAUGGUGCAAGAGAGUCAACUACCGCAAGUCGAUAUGUGUGUUAUUGGCGCGCCGCUCUGCGAAUGGAUGCAAUCUCCUCCGUAUCUUUACUUAGAAACUGGCGGGAACUGGCGGAGCGCUCGAGCACUUCGUUUCUUGAGUACCGUGGUACAACUUGGCUUCUCCUUCGAUCGAACUGGCCGCCCACGGUCGCCGAAUUCAACAUGUUCAUGUCCGCCGAUAUCCCGUCCUUGCAUCAAGCACCAUCAGUUUACUCUGUAGAGAUAACGUGGGUCAGACCCAACGGAACUUGGCAGAGUACUUCGGUCAGAGAGGGUUGA